GUUAUAUUUUUAUUUGUGAUUUCUUUUAGGUUAGAAUAACUGAUUUGACAAAUUCGACGUGUCGCAUUGUAAAUAUAACAAGAAUACAAUGAGUGAAAAAGAAUAUUAUUGGAACGUGCCGAACCAAGAAUUCAACUCCUUUGGAGACAAUGAAUAUCACACAAUGCAGACUCAGCAGUUUGAGUUUCAGUCAUUUGGGGAAGUCUCUCAGGAAUCACAAUCCUAUUAUAAUCCCAAUUUGGUGGGCAAAAGUUCAUCCUCUAUGAGCUUUUUACAACCACAAGAUCCCCCUGGUUAUUCUGCUGAGAAGGUAUAUGGGAGUAAUGAAGAAUGGGAUGAACCUCCAUUGUUGGAAGAAUUGGAAAUAUAUCCAGAUCGUAUCUUAGAAAAAACCUUAGCAGUUUUAAACCCAUUUAGAGGUCAUAGUUUAGCAGAUGAUUCAGACUUCCUAGCAAAAGAUACAGACCUAGCUGGGCCUGUGGCUUACUGUCUCACUUUAGCUAUGUGCUUGUUUAUAUCAGGAAAUAAGGCACAUUUUGGUUACAUAUAUGGAUUGUCAGUGAUGUCCUGCUUAAUGAUGUAUUGUCUGUUGUCUUUAAUGACUACAACAAACAACAUAUUCACAUUAACAAGUGUGGCAAGUAUUUUGGGGUACUGCCUGCUACCCAUCGUUGCUUUGGCUGUUAUUGGUGUCUUCACAAAUUUAAGUGGACCAAUUGGUAUAGGGCUAGCUGUGCUUGCAGUUGUUUGGUCCAGUUUGUCAGCAUCAAGAUUAUUUGUUGCAAUGUCAGGAGAUACACAACAGAGACCCUUAAUUGCCUAUCCCUGUGCUUUAGUGAGUGGGGUAUUUGCUCUUUUGGUUGUAUUUUGAUUUAUAUCAAUGUAAUACAUCAUUUUAUAUUUAAUAAAUGGAUUUAUAAUUUUGAA